ACCUAAGAUUUUUAAAUGAACAAGGAAAAGUCAGAGACAAAAACUGUAAAACACCUUCCUUCGAAGGAUGUUGGAUCAGAUCCACGAGUACGAUUAAAAGCUCUUUCGGAUCGUGCCUCCAAUGUAUAUAUGGAUUGUAACACUCCACCGCAAAGGUAUUACAGGUCUGGUGUGGAGAUGAUCAGAAUGGCAGACAUGUACAUGAAAGACAAUGAUUUUGAGCGUGCAUAUAUUUUAUAUGUAAAAUUUAUAACGAUUUUUGUGGAAAAAAUAAGAGAUCACCCACAAUUUAAUAUGGUGCCAUUGAAAGAUAAAGAACAAAACCAACAAACUUUACGCAAAGUAAUGCCAAAGGCUGAGGAAUUAAAAAAACAAUUAUUAGAGCAAUACCAGGCAGAUUUAGAUAAAUAUUUAGAAGAUGUAAAAGAGAGAGAGAAAAUUGAAAAAGAGAGACUGAAACAGGAGGAAUUAGAAAAGAUAAGAGAAGAGGAAGACAGGAAAAACAAACUAGCUGCAUCAGCAGCUGUUAGAGCAGCAAAAGCUGGGAUGAGUACUACUGUAACGUCUCCUGAAGAGGGCAAGCUUAAAAAAGUUCCUAGUAUAGCACAGAAACCAUUGAUAAGCCUAUCUACUGAUAUAGCAGCACAGACAUCUAAAGAGAAAAGAACUCCUACCAUAGAUCGUUCAACAAAACCUUCUGUGCUUAUGAGUGACAAUCUUACCUUACGAGACAUAGUAUUGCCAACUAAAUUAAUGCACAAUUUUCUUAAGGUGGCUUUGGGUAAUACUAUGAACAAUAAAGAGACCUGCGGUAUACUAGCUGGAAAAAUAGAGAGAAAUAAAUUAGUGGUCACUCAUUUAUUAAUUCCCGAACAAACUGGAUCACCAGAUUCUUGUGUAACACACAAUGAAGAAGAUAUAUUCGAUUAUCAGGAUCAGCACAACUUGAUUACCCUGGGUUGGAUACACACACAUCCUACACAGACUGCGUUUCUGUCUAGUGUUGAUCUUCAUACGCAUUGUGCGUAUCAACUUAUGAUGGCGGAAGCAAUUGCUAUCGUUUGCGCACCUAGAUACGAUGAGACGGGAUUCUUUAUUUUAACUCCCGAGUAUGGAUUAGACUUUAUUGCUAAUUGUAGAGAAACAGGAUUUCAUCCACAUCCAACAAAACCACUGCUGUACAAGGAAGCAAAACACUGCAAACUGGAUGUAACGGCACCGAUAGAAGUAGUGGAUUUAAGAAGAAAAUGACAUCUUUUAGAUGUGAUAUACAUACUUCAUAUAACACGUUACAUAUUUAACUCUUACACACGUGACAUUAUGUGUAAACAGUAAAAAAAAAACUGAAAAUACUUUCGCUUACGUAACAUGAGAACCUAGAGAGAAUAGUGCAAUUUAACAUUUUCAAUGCUUACAAUAUUUUUAUGAUAAAGCAUUUAAAAAGUCUUUAAUAUAUUUAAAGUAAAAUGAUGCAUUUAAAAUUGUAUUUAAAUUUUCAGUAAACGCAGGUUUAUUAAUCGUAGGAAAUAAUUGAAUAUUUAAAUUAUUAAACUACAAUGUACAUAUUUUUGUUCGUAUAAUUUAACCAAAUAUUUCAGUUUUCUUUGUUGAAAAUAAAUUUUUUGCAUGAUUUAUAUACAACAGUAGACAUGUCUAUACUAGCGAUAUACAGAUAUACUUUAUAUUUAUAUUUAUUAUACUUAUGUUACUUUUUCGUAAUACUCAGAUUUAUCUGAUGCUAUCUAAUACCGAAAAUAAAUGUACAAGAUCAACACAAAUUUUUGUGAAUGUUAGUGGUACGAGAAAUCUGUCUAAUGUUAUGUGUUCUUUUCGAGAGAAAACAAUGGUGUUCAUCACGCUAUUUAUGUGGACUAUGUACAAUAUUCAAUUGUAGAUAUCACGCGACCUUCUCAAUUAGCAUUAGUUAUGGUCACACCAUUAAAUGAAGUCGCUUCAUUGCGUAAGAUCGUAACUGAGAAGUCAAUAAAUACAUUAACUGUACUAGUCAUAAUUAAUAUCGAGAGCUUUCUAUGAGAUACACUAGUAUAUUGAAAUUGAUAUAUCGUCGAUAUGUCAGCUUAUGCGAUGAUGCUUCGUUAUAAUUUUUGUAACGAUAAUGUAUUUUCACAUUGUGCGUAGAUAUUCUGUUAACAACAUAAACGAUUCGGAUUAGUAGGUACCUGAUGCAAGUUUACUUGUACUUCGUCUAAUCAUCGUUUAUAAAAUCGCAGCUCCUCUGUCUCAUAAAUGUGCGAUACUUUGUAUGUAUGUGAUUGUUCUUCCUUGUUAGUGAUUUCCUUUCUUUAACUUCGUAUGUAACAUUCAACUUUCGUUGUCACGAAACGCGAUUAAACAUACGUCAUAGGUCGAUACAUGUAAAUCUUCAUUAAUUUAGAACAUAUCAAUGUAAGAAAUAAUUUAUUAUAAAAUGCUCGCCUAAUUUCGCGUGUUAUCACGCAAGUACAUACAUCAGUGAAAGCUUUAUAUUUCGCAAAGAAAGAAAUAAAUAAGGAGAUAA